AUGAAGCUUCUUCAGAUUUUAUCAGUAGACGUAGUUUCCGGAUUCUUUUUCGGUCAACAGAGAGCAUCGAAUAGUGGAGAUUUGUCAACAGAAUGCUGGAUCUGCCACGAGAAGAGCUUUGAUGAAUGCUGGCUUUCCGGCGAACUGAAAUCCUGUCCAACAGGUGCAUGCACAAUGGACGUUCAAUUUCUUGCGAAAGAAGUCCAAGUGGUUCAAGCAGGAUGCUCUUCGCUGAACACUUGUGUUGCGAACGUGAAGCAGAACUUUGCAUCUUUCCGGGGCGAGAUCGUCUCGCUGGACAAUCCAAACCUGCAUCAAUGCAAGAUCUUUUCUCCAAGUCGAGCAACUCUUAACUCCGUCUGCCGAACCUGCUGCACUGACUCUAAAUGUAAUCAUGGGUGGGUGCCUACAGACUUCGAAGAAUGGCGCAACAUCGACACCAAGAAUUUUGUCGACCCUUUUUCGUCUCCUUUCUCAAUUGACUUUUCUAUUUUUCACAAAGAAAAUGAGUCGCCCGUCAAAAGGACCCAAGUUAAAGUUCCGGAAAGGAAACCGAAAUCUCCUAAGACGCACUUUGGAAGGACUAGUACGAUAGUAGAAGGACCAAAAAUGCAGCUCAGAAACCGAUCAAAGACAACACCACAGAAAUCACAGGACAUGCGAUUUUCAUUGAAUGUCGAUCAAAAUGGCCGAGUCAGAGAAAACUACAGGGGAAUUGAAACAAUAAAGAAGCCAGCUCUCAUUCGUCGUGCUCAAAUGAAAACGAUUACAACUACAAAAUUACCGAAAACCAUGCCGUCGAAGAAAAAAACAGCUGCUAAAGUACCAAUCAAAAAAACCCUACCUAGACUUUCCGCUGUGUCAUCAACUUCCUCGACCCCUACAACUAAAAGACCUGGCCCGUGGUCUCAUCUUCCUCAGUGGAAGAUAAAUCAACUCCGAAGACUUCGUCAGAAGAGACUUGAAGCUAAACGACUAGAAGAAGAAGGCAAAAGUGCUUGA